UAAAUUUAUAACCUCCAAAAAUAAUCUGAAGUAAAUAUUUAUGUAGCUAAUAAGAUUCUUCAAUAAUUUAUUUUAAUUAACUUUAAGUUCAUAUAUUACUAGUAAUUAUGGCACAGGUUACGGUUUUCAAUAGAAUUCUUCCAUUGAAACAGUGCAAAAUACUUUUACGUAAUUCCGAAAUUGUAAGUCGUAAUCAUAGUACUAAUGUACCGAAAAAGAAAACUGCUAGCUCAGUCUAUCGUAGUAUGAAUGUAUUUGAUCGGAAAGCGAAGAUUUUGCAAAAAGAAAGGUCAGCCCAGAGAGAAGAUUAUCAUUUAUAUGAGUAUAUUAAAGAAGAAAUUGGUUGGAGAACAGCAGAUCGUGUAUUUGAUGUAAAAAGGGUUUUUAAAAAUGCUGUAGAGCUAGGAGCUUCCAGAGGCUACGUAUCUAGACACUUCCUCCCCGACAGUGUGGAGAAGGUGACCCUAUGUGACACAUCACAAACACACCUCGAUAAAGCGCUGGUUGGUGAUGGGGUGCAGUUUGAAAAGAUUGUGAUGGACGAAGAGAACAUUGAUUUUCCUGAGAACAGUGUGGAUUUAGUUGUAUCCUCGCUGUCCCUGCAUUGGGUGAAUGAUUUGCCGGGAUGCUUUGACAAAAUCAUGACCUGCUUAAAACCAGAUGGGGUGUUCAUUGGCUGCAUGUUUGGCGGUGAUACAUUGAUCGAGUUACGUCAAUCGUUGCAAUUGGCCGAAUCGGAGCGGCUCGGAGGUGUCAGUGCGCAUAUAUCCCCGUUCACGAGGCCCAGAGAUAUUGGCGGGCUGUUGAACGCGUGAGUAUGGAAGGGAGGAGGGAGAAGGGGGGAGGGGGAUAGGAGAGUAUGUAAAGUAGAUCGAUUAAAGUCACAGAUUAAAUUAAUCGGUGCCAUAUUUCUAUUCAAUUCAAUGUUAAAUUUUAGCUGUACACACUGUGUUGUAAUUGGUCAAUUUCAAAUAAAGUUUAGUGUAA